UGCACUGUCUGGGCUGAGAGGGGCAAGAGGGUGGCUAUAUUUCAGGCACUCAGAACUUCAGAGAGAGUUGGACACAAAGACUUAAAGGAUGGAGAAAACAGCGAUUCUGUUUUCUGUGCUGCUCCUGGGGUGGACCUGGACCCUCCAGGGGGUCGCUGCUGAUGACAAUCAGGUGAAGACCACUGAGAGUACUGUGGUGCCUGCAGACGCUGAGGGUGCUACUGUUAAUACAGCUGUGCAUGAUGCAACUGAGCACAAUACAACUCUACACAAUGCAAAAUAUGCAGCUCGAAUCAGGGCUCCGUUCAAUGCAACAGCGGUCUGUAACGCACCACCUGAAACAGGUCAGUGUAUGGCACACUUUGAGCGUUACUUCUAUAACUCCACCUCAAUGAGCUGUGAGACAUUCACCUAUGGAGGGUGUCCAGGCAACCGGAACAACUUUAAAAACAAGAUAGAGUGUAUGCAGAGUUGUCACCCUAAAGCGGUCUGUAACGCACCACCUGAAACAGGCCCAUGUAAGGCACACUUUGAGCAUUACUUCUACAACUCCAUCUCAAAGAGCUGUGGGAAAUUCGUCUAUGGAGGGUGUGCGGGCAACCGGAACAACUUUAAAGAUGAGAAAGCGUGUAUGCAGAGAUGUCACCCUGAAGCGGUCUGUAAUGCACCACCUGAAACAGGCCCAUGUAAGGCAUACUUUGAGCAUUACUUCUACAACUCCACCUCAAAGAGUUGUGGCAAAUUCAUCUAUGGAGGGUGUUUGGGCAACCAGAACAACUUUAAAGAUGAGACAGAGUGUAUGCAGAGAUGUCACCCUGAAGAGGUCUGUAACAAGGCACCUGAAACAGGCCCAUGUGAGGCAUACUUUGAGCGUUACUUCUACAACUCCACCUCAAAGAGCUGUGGCAAAUUCGUCUAUGGAGGGUGUUUGGGCAACCAGAACAACUUUAAAGAUGAGACAGAGUGUAUGCAGAGAUGUCACCCUGAAGAGAUCUGUGCCAAAGCACCUGAAACAGGCCCAUGUAAGGCAUAUAUUGAGCGUUACUUCUACAACUCCACCUCAAAGAGCUGUGAGAAAUUCGUCUAUGGAGGGUGUGCGGGCAACCGGAACAACUUUAAAGAUGAGAAAGCGUGUAUGCAGAGAUGUCACACUGUAGAGGUCUGUAACAAGGCACCUGAAACAGGCCCAUGUGAGGCAUACUUUGAGCGUUACUUCUACAACUCCACCUCAAUGAGCUGUGGCAAAUUCGUCUAUGGAGGGUGUUUGGGCAACCAGAACAACUUUAAAGAUGAGACAGAGUGUAUCACAUUAUUAUCACAUUAUUACACAUUAAACCUCACGUAUCAAAGUGUUGCUGAUUGACAUUAAACUUAACAU